AUGUCUCUAUCUUCCAAGCUAACGGUUAAGGAUUUGAAUGUUCAAGACAAGAGAGUUUUCAUAAGGGUUGAUUUCAAUGUUCCUUUAUGUGAUGGGACUAUCACCUCCAAUCAAAGAAUUGUGGCCGCUUUGCCAACCAUCAAGUAUGUUCUUGAGCAAGGUCCAAAGGCUGUGGUUUUGGCUUCUCACUUGGGUAGACCAAAUGGUAAGAGAGAUGAAAAAUACUCCUUAGCACCAGUUGCUGAUGAGUUGGAAAAAUUGUUGGGCCAGAAGGUCACUUUCUUGCCCGACUGUGUCGGUGCAGAGGUGUCCGCUGCUGUUAAUGAUGCGGCUAAGGGUUCUGUUUUCCUCUUGGAGAAUUUGAGAUUCCAUAUUGAAGAGGAAGGCUCUAAGAAGACUCUUCAUGGGAAAGUCGAUGCAGUUCCGAGUGAAGUGACUGCUUUCAGAGAGGAAUUGAUGUCUUUGGCAGAUGUCUAUGUUAACGAUGCUUUUGGAACUGCACACAGAGCUCAUUCUUCUAUGGUUGGGUUUGAGUUGCCACAGAGAGCUGCUGGUUUUUUGUUGUCUAAGGAGUUGGAAUACUUUGGCAAGGCGUUGGAGAACCCAACAAGACCAUUCUUGGCUAUCUUAGGUGGUGCCAAGGUUGCUGACAAAAUUCAAUUGAUCGACAACUUGUUGGACAAGGUUGAUUCUAUCAUCAUUGCUGGUGGUAUGGCUUUCACUUUCAAGAGAGUUUUGGAGGGCAUGGAGAUUGGUAACUCCAUUUUCGACAUCGAUGGUUCUCAGAUUGUUCCACGAUUAGCCGAGAAAGCUAAGAAGAAUGGUGUCAAAUUGGUUCUACCUACAGAUUUUGUCAUUGGUGACGACUUCUCACAGAACGCCAACACCAAUAUUGUUACCGAUGCCGAAGGUAUUCCAAAGGAUUGGGAAGGUCUAGACUGUGGUCCAGCUUCCAGAGAUUUGUUUGCUGCCGCUAUUGCUGAGGCAAAGACCAUUGUCUGGAACGGUCCUCCUGGUGUUUUUGAAAUUCCAAAGUUCUCAAAGGGUACCGAAGCCAUGUUGAAGGCUGCUGUUGCGUCUUCUGAAGCAGGCAACACUGUCAUCAUCGGUGGUGGUGACACUGCUACUGUUGCUAAGAAAUUCAAUGUCGUUGACAAGAUUUCCCAUGUUUCUACUGGCGGUGGUGCUUCUCUAGAAUUGCUGGAAGGUAAGGAUUUGCCAGGUGUCACCUUCUUGUCCAACAAAGAGUAA